AAUUCUAACUUCCCAUGAUGUUUAAAACUGCAUGCAGGUCAGAAACUUGUUAUUGACUGGAAGCUUGUUCUGUGGGCCAUUGUUCCUUACAUUCUGCUUCCUCAACACUGUUGCAAUAGCCUAUAGUGCAACUGCAGCAUUGCCAUUUGGUACAAUUGUGGUGAUACUUCUGAUAUGGGCUUUAGUAACAUCUCCAUUACUGGUUCUGGGUGGGAUUGCUGGAAAAAAUAGCAAGGCAGAAUUCCAAGCUCCUGUUCGCACAACAAAGUAUCCUCGAGAAAUUCCUCAGUUGCCUUGGUAUCGUGGAUCUCUUCCACAAAUGGCGAUGGCUGGGUUUCUUCCCUUCAGUGCUAUCUACAUCGAGCUUUAUUACAUAUUUGCAAGUGUAUGGGGUCACCGAAUCUACACCAUAUAUAGCAUAUUGUUCAUAGUGUUUAUUAUCCUUCUGAUUGUUACUGCUUUUAUUACUGUGGCUCUCACUUACUUCCAACUUGCUGCUGAAGAUCAUGAAUGGUGGUGGAGGGCAUUCCUUUGUGGCGGAUCAACUGGGCUUUUCAUCUACGGUUAUUGCUUGUACUAUUAUUACGCACGAUCAGACAUGUCUGGAUUCAUGCAGACAUCGUUUUUCUUUGGAUACAUGGCUUGUAUAUGCUACGGUUUCUUUCUGAUGCUUGGAACUGUCGGUUUUCGCGCUUCAUUGUUCUUUGUUCGUCACAUAUACCGCUCCAUUAAGUGCGAGUAAUAACAACCUAGAGGGGGUGGGGGUUGCUCUUGACCAUUUUCCGACUGGAUUAUCGAGAACUGUAUACAACUUCUUUCCUUGGUCAAAUACUUUCUAUUAGUUGCGACGACAAUGUGUAAGACCUUGCAUUUGGUAGGAAAACUUUUAUUUUUCUUUUCUGUUUUGGUGCUAUAUAAUAGACAGUUGGGGAAUAGACCAUAUUUUUUACUACUAUUUCUUUCUUUCUUUCUUGUAGAUGACUCAGAAAACAUGCAUUAACUCAAUACUAUGUUUUCAAUUUCUUGUCAA